UCUCUCUCUGUCUCUCUCAUGUCUGUAAGGAGGCUGUACAAUGCUUCUCUUAUGGGAGCUCUGGCACUGGUAGUGCACUUAUGCAUGGUUAAUUUGGCCAUUUGUUCCUCGAACUUCACAGACGAAUUAGCUCUCCUCAGCUUCAAAUCAUCCAUCAAACAUGAUCCCAACAAUGUGUUGAGUAACUGGACGAAAGAAACCAAUUUUUGUGGCUGGACCGGGGUCUUAUGCAGUCGACGUAGGCAAAGAGUCACGGGCUUGCUCCUUGGCAACACGAGUCUCGAAGGCACCAUAUCUCCUCAUGUUGGUAAUCUUUCUUUCCUCCAACAACUCGAUCUUAGCAACAAUAGCUUCUACGGUCAUCUCACAGAUGAAAUAGGCAAUUUGCGUCGCCUAAAAACCCUUCUUUUAUUUCUUAAUAUGUUAGAAGGAAACAUCCCAUUGGGUUUACACCACUGUCAAAGGCUUGAAGUGAUAUCUCUUGCCGUCAAUAAAUUUAGUGGUAGAAUUCCGAAAGAGUUGAGCACCUUACCCUCUCUAAGUUUCCUUGCUCUCGGACGAAAUGAACUUAUAGGUACUAUUCCACCUUCCUUUGGCAACACUUCAAGCUUAGAAGCGUUUGGGCUAGAAAAGAAUCACAUUUAUGGAAACAUUCCAACUGAAUUGGCACAACUUCCAAAUUUGAGGUUAAUGGACCUUAUAUUCAAUUAUCUCACAGGUCCUCCUGCAAUUUUUAACAAGUCUUCAAUGGUUGAAAUUGACUUGAAUUUUAAUGCCUUAUCUGGAAACCUUCCAACAAAUAAUGGCCUUUUCCUUCCUAAUCUUGAAGUCCUCCUUUUGGAUCACAAUCAACUAACUGGAAACAUCCCUUCAUCUCUUUACAAUUCUUCUAAGCUCACUAUGCUAAUUCUAUCUGCCAACUUGCUUACUGGACCAGUACCAAAACAUUUAGGCAAUCUAAAACACCUGCAACUUUUGUAUUUAUUUCGAAAUCAAUUGACAAAUGAACCGGGAAGUACUGAACUUAGUUUUCUCACAGAUUUGAUAAAUUGCACUUCCAUGGUGGAGUUGUUAGUGGCACGAAAACAUCCCUUCAUCUCUUUACAAUUCUUCUAA